AUGCCGUCGCCCUCGACCGCCUCCCCGGCGCCUCCGGCGUACACGGGUGCUGCGCUGCUUGCCGGGUAUACGAGCAGACGAAAGAUCGUGCAGAAGGCGGCCGCCCUCUCUGCGCGCAUGCGCCGUCAGGUGCAGGAUGUUGUACAGAUGGAGGAGGAGCAGCGGCUGCUGUCGCAGGCGUACCGUGGCCGGCAGAAGCUGUUGGAGCGGCAGCCGCAACUGCUCCAGCAGGCCCAGGCGAAUCCGAGAAGCGUAGCGGGCUUUGAGGGCGCUAAAGCGGCAGGCGAGAAGAUGGCGUCGAAGGCAAGGGUGGGCACUGCUGGCGAUACGCCAGCUACACCUGGCUCUCCCUCCAAUCCAGCGUCGCCAGUCGAAGCUGCCGCGGCAUCACCCGACAAGAACAACCCUACACCGUUCCCAGAUGUCGAUAUCGGGCUCGCUUUAGAGGGUGCCUUGGACAUCAAGCAGCACCUAAAGCAGCAGGUGCAGGAGAAGAGCGACACUCUGACCAAGAUGCGCGGAAUACAGCAGGCGAUCCUGGAGCUCAGCGAGGAGGCCACCGCCGACGUGGAGCGGCGCUUGGCCCAAAGGAGCUACUCGACCUCCGUCGAGGAGGCAGACGGGCCCUCUAAAGCGCUCGCGGCUGCGGACUUUGGCGGUCUAGCGACCGAUGACAAUGCCGACCGGCACCCCGCCUCUUCAACGGAGAAGAGGAAGGUCGAAAUGAUUCAAGAGCUGCGGUCGACCUUGAAGGAGAUGCUCGACGCUCACCGUGCCCUUUCUGUGGCCCAGUACUCGACGGUUGGCCGAAGCGUCAGGAGGGGCGCCGCAGCGACCGAAUUGCCAGGGUCGACGUGGCUUGAGCAGGACGCGGCGUACCGUCCCCCUGCACCCUUGCAAAUGUUCAGCACGAGCGCGUUUGCCGUCACACUAGAGUACCUCAGCAACAGCCUUGCCUGCAUCGCACAUAUCGCGGACGAAGUGUGUGUCGCGACAACCUUCCGCUCACGCGCAGAUCCAGUGGUGCUGCUCCCCCACCUGGAAUCUCUGCAGAAAUGGGUUGCGCAGGCUGAACGCUGCCUUGACACGGCGCAGCGGCAUCUCCGUCACUUCCAGUCGGGCGAAGCGGCUUUACUUGAUGGCGGCGCGUACGAGGUGAACAGCCUGCGCGAGCAGGCGCUUCUCUUGAGAGAGUCGCUAACUGCGCAUGAGCAGAAGGUGAAGACAGUGGAGGAGGCGAAGGUGUCGGUGCUGCAUCGUCUUCGUGAGGUUAGCCGGCGCUGCUACCUCUGGGAGGCGCACUUACUUCACCGCAGAGACUCCGUCUACGGUGAUGGCGCCUCUCGGGUGUCGUGCUCACUGGAGGGGAUCGGUAGUGGAGCGGCGCUAGGGUGCUUCUCCACCCCUAACGCAAAAGUGUCGGAGCCGAUGCUGAUGCACGCGGGACCUAAUGUGGAUGCGGGUGGAACGAUGGUGCCCAAUGGCAGUCUCGGUAUUUCAUUUCCGCACACCACGGCGCCUCCCGCGUGUGUCGAGAGUCGCCUCAUCGCUGCUACGACAGAGGAGGCCUCCUCCUUGGAGGCGACGAAAGCCAUCACGCUGCGGCCUUUGUCCACAUUGCGGAAUUCUCACCGUGGAGGCAAGCGGAGUUUCAGAGUCAGAAGUGAUGCUGCGUCACGGCCGCUGACCACCUCGUCGCUGCGCACGCCAUCUCUGUCGCUGGUUUCCAUCUCUGCGCGCGCUCAUCAGCCACCGACGCCCUUGUCGCUGCGACUCAUUGAGCAGCGCGUUGCUCGCUCGUGGUGCAACCCGUACGUCCGCAAAAAGUGCCUGUGCCAGCGUGCAGAGCAGGUGAUAAUGCAGCAUCAGCCUCAGCAGCGACAGCUUCAAGGCCGUUCAGCAGAGCAGCGGCGUUCUUUCUCGCGUGUCGGCGCCUCGGUGUCGGAAGACCUGGGGAGCGGAUGUCACAAUCUGGCUAAGGAGGCAGCGCGGGCGCCGACCUCACAGCCGGCCAGCUUCAUCUCUUUCGACUCGGUUCACCGCUGCCCAUCCUUGUACACGAUCACGGAUGCCACCGCCGCCGCAGAUGGUGCGACUGGUCGAGUCUUGCUGCCGCGGCUGGGGUCACACACUGACGCCAGCCGCAACAGCACUGCUGCAGAGUCAAGGCGCCGUGCCAGUCGUGUCGCAGAUUCCCUGGCAGCGUCGGUGGCCGGCUCGACAGCUGCCUUGGGGGAGUCGCUGGAAGAUCUGGCAGAUGCACGCACCGUUCAGCUGCUGCAGAGCUUACUGCGCAGCAUACCUUCUAAAAACUGUGCCUCCGUUCACGAUCACGCUAAAAGCACGGAAGGGAAGCGCGAUACCGGCGGCGGCAGCGGCGAUGUAACGGCCAACCCAUCGCUGGUGCAGUCACUCUGCAUUGAUGUAACACAGGAUGAGGCGAAAUGCGCUGCCAUGCGGUAUAGCAUCCAGCGACUCAGCAGGUAUCUGGCGACGUGCACAACACGUCCCGAAUCAAGCCGGCAGUCGAUCUUUCAAAAGUAA